AUGCCUGACGGAGCUCAAGCUUGGAAAAUCAUCAAAACCCCCGGAAGCCACACGGACAGAAUCGCACAAGCAUGCGACCGGUGCCGGUCCAAGAAAAUCAAAUGCGACGGAAAACGACCCCAUUGCUCACACUGUGUCAGUGUAGGGUUCGAGUGCAAAACCUCGGACAAGCUGACCCGAAGAGCCUUCCCCAGAGGCUACACAGAGGCCCUGGAGGACCGGAUUCGACAACUGGAGGCCGAGAACAACAAGCUGCUCGGCAUUCUCGAUCUCAAGGACGAACAAAUGGAAAUGAUCAACCGCGUCUCCAGUGUAAUGGACAGAAAGAGCUCGACUUCUAGUGCUUCCCCCACACCCACCCCUACAGACACCAAGAGCACAACUAACAAUACCAAGACCAUCACCAACUCGAAAGCCACAAGCCAAAACACAGCCACGACAUCACCAGCAUCCCCAACCGCGGACAGCUCAGACGACGAUUGCGAGCCCUACACUGUGCGACAAGCCAAGGUCAUUUCUUCCGACGGCUCUUUUCGAGGAGCGUCAGCUGGCGGCGCCUUUCUCAAGGUGCUUUCGGACCGUUUCCGACCCAAGAACCCCAAGGUCGUGCCUCUUAUUCAGCAGCUUUUCACCAACCUGUCCCGCUCGUCCGACUACGACAGAUACACUGACGCCACCGCUCCCACUAAGCGCAUUGCGUUUGUCGAGGCCCAGUCCACGCUGUCGUUCCUCAACCAGCUCUACCUCCCUCCAAUGGUCAUCACCGACAGGCUUGUGAGCACCUACUUCUCCGAGUGGCACGCUAUGUUCCCGGUGUUGGACCACUGCCAGUUUCUGGCUGACUACCGGCUCUUCAACGAGCUCAUGGCCGCUUCUUCUAUGGACAAGACCCCCGCUACAUUCCGACGACACGAACAGAAUUAUGCCGCCAAGAUGUCUGUUGACAUCAAGUACUUUGCCACCACUCUCUUGCUGGUAUGUUCUUUGGCUGCCCACUUCAUUGCCCCCCAGAUUGCUGACGUGGUUUCUAUCCCCGAGCUGGAGCGAAACUGGAGAUCGCUGUUAGAGAUGCCCCAUGUAAUCCUCCCCCUCGCUUCCACCACAGCUUCCACUCGGUUGUUGGCAGCCUACAACCUCGCUCUGACCUAUUCGCUGCAUGUCAACGCCAUCGAUGACAUCUGGAAGUACCGAUCGUUGGUGUCUGCCACAUGCCAUCGGAUGGGUCUCAACCGAUGCCAGGAUGGUCUGCGGUAUGAGAACGGCACUGCCCUGACUCCCUACGACCAGGAGAUUCGACAGCGGCUGUUCUGGGUGACGUACAUCCAGGACACCUUUGUGGCCUCCUUCAUGGGCACCAACCAGAGCUUCAUCUUGGAGGAGGUCAAAUGUGGACUCCCCUCUGUGGAUGAUGAGGGUCUCCAGCACCUGCGAGAUAGCGAUUCAUCCGAUUCGGAAGAGAGCAAGAACACACCCCAUUGCUUCCGAGCCUUGAUCUCCUUCUCGCAGGUGCUUUCCGAGGUGAUUUCGGCGCUCUACACCCUAUCUAAGACGUCGCAGUCAUACAAGGUGAUUAUCGAGCUUGAAAACAAGUUGCAAAAGUGGCACCGUGAGCUCCCCAGCGACCUCAAGUUUGAGUUUGCCAACGGAAUGCCCGUGCCCACUUGCGGAGGUGUGCACCAAAAAUCGCCUUUGUUGUAUCUGAUGUACAACUAUGCCAAGAUUCUGAUCCAUCUUCCUGCUCUGUGCGGGGAGUCACGCAACAACACGACCCAGAACGCAGCUUCUAUUGCGGUCAUCCAAUCUGCUAAGAGCUACGUGCAAGUGAGCAACUACCUGAGGGUUCGAAAUGUGCUGCCCACGCUGUGUCUGAACCCUUCUGGAGUGUCUGCCCAACUUAUGCUCGUCAUUCUGUAUGGUUCGGUGGAUUACUCCAAGGGCGGCAGUCUGUUACAGGAGGUGCGUCAGAUGGUGCCCCAAUGUAUCGAGGGUCUCAACUCGGACAUGAAGCUGCAGAUUCCUGGCAGCAUCAAUCUCGACAGCUACGACCUAUUGGAGGAGAUUUCCACAAUAAUUCUGGCCUUCCCUGCGAGAAAGAAGUCCACGAAUGAGGUUAAGCGGCGCGGAAGUCGAGUGGUUGACUCUACCACUGAGAAAAUCACUGCUCCUCUUCCAAACCCUGUCUCUGCUGCUCCUCUGCCUAUCCCGGUCAAGGAGGAGGUUCUCUUCAAGGAUGAAGGACUUUUCAGUGAUAUCCACGUCAAGAUAGAGAACUCGCCUCCAGAGCCUCACGAUUCGCUGGAGCACUUCCUUGGCACGAAUGCCAUGGUCACUCCUGCUCACACGGCCUCUGCUCCUUCUUCUACCAACGGCGAGGACGACUUCAAGGGUGCCACCACCUUUAGUCAGGCCAAUUCUGCGUGCGGACAGCUUGAGCAAACUCAGGAGUCGUGGGAUGUCAUUGACGACUCGUUCAAGACCCUGAUGAUGCCAAGUAUGUCUACUGGAGGAGCUGCUCACUGCAACAUGCGUUCUCUGAGUGUUGGCAAUCAUAGCAUGGCUCUGGAUUACACUCACAACAAUCAGCACCAGGGGCAUAACCACCACGGCCAGAACCACAAUCAGCACCACCACAACAGUAUUCCCGCGGACCUGUUUGCUCCUCCUCCUCUGCACCCUCAACAGUUGACUGCUACUGGGUUCACGGACAUUGACAGGGUGCGGCCAGUUACUGGAGACAAUUUUGACUGGGGAGUGAACGGUAUUUUGGACUGGGAUUGGAAGUAA